AUGCAGAUUGGUAGUAGGUUGGGUUGGAGAAGGAACUAUGCAGCGAAAGACAUUAGAUUUGGAGUGGAGGCAAAGGCUUUGAUGCUUAAGGGUGUUGAAGAGCUCGCUAAGGCAGUUAAAGUCACCAUGGGCCCAAAGGGGCGUAAUGUAGUGAUUGAGCAAAGUUGGGGUGCCCCUAAAGUGACAAAGGAUGGUGUCACCGUGGCAAAGAGCAGUGAAUUCAAGGACAAUGUCACAAACAAUGGUGCGAGCCUUGUAAAGCAGGUUGCAAAUGCCACCAACGAUGUUAAUGGUGACGCAAUAUUUUUGUCCGAACAGAGGCCAAUGUCAGAAUUUGCUCAUCGCAAUCGCAUUCAGAGAAGAGAGAAGGUUGUGGAAACUCCACUGUUCGAGGCACCGAACGCUACAGUUCGCGAUGCUGAUAUCAACACUAGUGUCGACUGCUGUGAGUGCUGCUCGAUCGUGACCUUCUAG